AAGCACGUGGAUAUUUUCCGGGGUUCCUCACUAUACACUGCCUCCUUAUCGGGGACCUUUUGUCAAGUUCAAUAGAGAAGACACAGAUGUGACUCUCCCAUGCUUUGUCAUAAAACGAAAAGCCAUGUCACACACAGAGAGCAAUUCUGGACGGAGGUUAACCUGAUGGAACUUCACCUAGCGUAUUGUCAAAAUGUAAUAACAAGCAAAAGUCAAGUUAUUGUGUUCAUCGCUUUCUUGCUGAUGGGUGUUUGUGUGACCCUUGAUAACAACAAGACGGAAAACAUCACAAAGAGUAGUAGCUCGGAGUCUCCCGACUCGGACAAGCUGAAUAUUCUCUCUGGAGUAUUCACUUUAAUGCUGAUAGUUGCCGUCAUGUCUGGUGUUGCUACGUGUAUCGUCAAAGGAAAUCAAAUGGAGGCUGAGAAAGCAGACGGCAACGAGGAAGUGGACGUCACAGAAAGAACACUUUUGACUUCAUCACCAUGAAUCAAUAUUAGCCAUAGCUCUUAUCUAUUAACAGUGUGGAUUAUUUAUAUCAGUACUGUACACAACUGUAGCUAUUUAUAUGAGUACCACAGCUACAAUUGUAUACAGUCUGCUAACAGCUAUAUUUUCAUGUCGACGGAUUUCAUUGCUAGUCAUUAUAUCAGUACUGUACACAACUGUAGCUAUUUAUAUGAGUACCACAGCUACAUUUGUAUACAGUCUGCUAACUGCUAUAUUUUCAUGUCGACGGAUUUCAUUGCUAGUCAUUAUGAACAACUUUGCAUAGAUGGUAACUCAGUCACUGAUCGAGAAGACAAAAAUAAAGGCGUACAAACUGUUGAAUUUCGAAAGCCACUGACGGGAUACUUUAAUACUUUAAUUCUGCCUAAAAAAAAGUUAAACUUGUGUAUUAUUUUUGUAUUGUAAGAACUGUUUUCGUUUUAGAACACGGUUACAUGUAUCAGUAUUUUGAAUGCAAAGUACGUUUGAACGCAGAAUACGUUCAAAAUAUAGAGUUGAAAAUCCUCCCAUCUAUAUAAUAAUAAAGCAAUCGUUGUGCUAAUUUACAAGUUAUAUACAAAUCAAUUCAAUUAAUCAUCAGUGAUUUGCAAUCAAUUUUGGUGUUCAAUGAACAUCUUUUGUAUAUCAAUGUGAAUCAACAUGUGAAAAAUCUUUUCCUUUUUUCUUUAAAAUGAAAAAAAGUAAAUUUAAAACAAAAUUACGUCUCCAAAAGAAACUCUUAUUAGCAUUCAAACAGAUUGAAGUGCAAAUAAAAGACAAUAUCGUUGGGCAUUGAAAAAAUAUAGAAGUAAAAUGGCGCAUAUACCCACUAUUUUAAUCGUAAUGUUCUUUCAUUUCAUCAAAUAAAAUAUAAAACAUGACUACUUUUAAUAUAGAAUCUUUUUGACAAGAGCUUGGACUUUUGGUGGGAUGUUACUAUGUAGUUUGCUCAUCAAAACAAGCUUUCGUAUAUUGACCUUCUUUCUUCUUAUUCGCUAUGAGAAACUCUUUUCGUUUCAAAUCUAUUUUUAAAAAUAACAUAGAACCGUUUUGACAAGAGCUUGGACUUUCGGUGGGAUGUUACUAUCUAGUUUUCGCAUCAAAUAUUGGCCUCCUUUUUUCUAAUUCUAAUUUGCUAAGAUAAGUUCAUCAAUAUCCAUAGACUGUCAAAACUUGAAAGCUGUUUUCCAAGAUCUUCUCUGUUGUGUGAAAUUAACUCCGUUUUAACGAAAUAUAUAUACAUGUAAUACCUGAAUGAAGUCGGACAGAUGUCACUGCGUUCAAUGCAUUCAUAUAGCCAAUGAUUGAAUGGAUAACCAUGAGUAGAUCCAGCCUUCAUCAAAUCUGACUUUGUCACGUUCUGCCCAAAGUCAAAGCUCUUGUUAAAACGGUUCUACAAUUUUACAAAAGUACGAUGCUAUUUCAUAAUCAGUUUGAAUUAUUUUCAACGAAAAAGGAAAAACAAAAUUAGCCUCAAGAUUUAUGAAGAAGGAACGCGUGAAAGAAUAAAUGUUGGUGC